AUGGAUGAGCUUUUCGACGUUUUCGAUGACCAGCCCCAACAGGCCAAGCCCGUCGGGGGUGCGCCGAAACGGUCCAAGAAAGACAAGAGCAAGAAGCGGCAAGUCAACGGCAAUGUGAAGGACAAUGGCGACGUCGCAAAGGUGGAGGAGGUGGAGGAGGACGCUCCCGUUGUCGAUGCGCCAGUCGCGGAGACUGCGGAGGAACAGACCGAAGACGCCCCGGUCGCCAGCGAUAGCAACGACCAACCGGAUUCGAAGCGGCCGCGACUAGAGAAGGAAAAGGAAGAGGAUCCCGUUGUGGCAGAUUCGUUUGAAACCGCUCAAGAGCGCGAGAUCGCUAGUUCUGCUGGCCUCCAGGCGGCGAAUGACUCGGCGUCAGUGGUCGUAUCUCACCAAGUGCGACACCAGGUUGCGAUUCCUCCGAACUAUCCUUACGUGCCCAUCUCCCAACAUAAACCGCCCGAGAACCCCGCCCGAGUGUGGCCGUUCACUCUCGAUCCCUUCCAGCAAGUGUCCGUAGCAUCGAUCCAAAGAGAAGAGAGUGUGCUGGUGUCGGCUCAUACUAGUGCCGGAAAGACGGUCGUUGCCGAAUAUGCGAUUGCGCAGAGUUUGAAAAACAACCAGAGAGUCAUCUAUACUAGUCCGAUCAAGGCUCUCAGUAAUCAGAAGUAUCGAGAAUUUGCGGCCGAGUUUGGAGACGUAGGUUUGAUGACCGGUGAUGUCACCAUCAAUCCUACGGCAACUUGUCUGGUCAUGACCACGGAGAUUCUUCGAUCUAUGCUGUACCGUGGUUCUGAGAUCAUGCGCGAAGUUGCGUGGGUGGUUUUCGACGAAAUUCACUACAUGCGCGAUGCGACGCGAGGUGUGGUGUGGGAGGAAACUAUCAUUCUACUGCCGGAUAAGGUCCGAUAUGUUUUCUUGUCUGCGACAAUCCCCAACGCCUUGCAAUUCGCCAAUUGGAUUACGAAAAUGCACAAUCAGCCUUGUCACGUUGUAUACACCGACUUCCGACCGACACCCCUGCAGCAUUACUUCUUCCCUGCCGGAUCCGAGGGAAUCCAUUUGGUUGUCGACGAGAAGGGCAUGUUCCGGGAAGAGAAUUUCCAAAAGGCGAUGAGCACUAUCGCGGACAAGAAGGGCGACGACCCCGCCGAUGCAAUGGCCAAGCGGAAAGGCAAGGGUAAAGACAAGAAGCUGAACAAGGGUGGCAACGAGGGUCCGAGCGACAUCUACAAGAUUGUGAAGAUGAUCAUGAUCAAGAAUUACAACCCCGUGAUUGUUUUCAGUUUCAGUAAGCGUGAAUGCGAGUCAUGCGCUCUGCAAAUGAGCUCGUUGGCCUUCAAUGAUGAUUCGGAGAAGGAGAUGGUUUCCAAGGUCUUCAACAGCGCGAUUGAGAUGCUGUCGGAGGAAGACAGGAAUCUGGGCCAGAUCCAAAAUCUUCUACCGCUUCUGCGAAGAGGUAUCGGUGUGCAUCAUUCGGGUCUUCUUCCGAUCUUGAAGGAAACCAUCGAGAUUCUUUUCCAGGAGGGGCUAAUCAAGGUUCUCUUUGCUACCGAGACGUUCUCGAUCGGUCUGAACAUGCCUGCCAAGACAGUCGUCUUUACCAGCGUGCGGAAAUUCGACGGCUUUAGUCAGCGUUGGGUGACGCCAUCUGAAUUCGUCCAGAUGUCUGGUCGUGCGGGAAGAAGAGGUCUUGAUGAUCGUGGUAUUGUGAUCAUGAUGGUUGGCGAAGAGAUGGAUCCCGCCGUGGCGAAGGAGAUUGUUCGCGGUGAACAGGACCGAUUAAAUUCGGCGUUCCACCUGGGUUAUAACAUGAUUCUGAAUCUCAUGCGUGUGGAGGGAAUUUCGCCCGAGUUCAUGCUGGAGAAAUGUUUCCAUCAAUUUCAGAACACGGCAGGUGUUGCCGAACUUGAGCAAGAACAACGCCAGCUGGAAGAGAAGAGGGCUAGCAUGGAAAUAUCCGACGAAGGCACCAUUCGCGAUUACUACGACUUGAGAAAACAACUCCGCCAGUUCUCGGAUGAUAUCCAGGCAGUCAUGAGUCAUCCUAACCAUUGUCUCUCCUUCUUGCAGCCGGGUCGAUUGGUUCACAUUAAAUACAAGGACCUAGAUUUCGGCUGGGGGGUGGCCGUUAACCACAAGCAACGUAAACCAGCAAGAAAUUCUUCCGAGCAGUUUACCGACAACCAGAAAUACAUUCUCGACGUUUUGUUGAACAUUGCUGACGGACCAUCGGUGGCCACGAAAACCCACGAGGACUUACCUGCCGGGGUCAGACCCCCAACGGAAAAUGAGAACACUCGGAUGGAGGUUGUUCCUGUUACUCUCAGCUGUCUUCAGGCCAUUUCGCACGUACGGAUAUUCCUACCGAAGGAUCUCAAUUCCAAGGACUCGAGAAACGGUGUGAAGAAGUCCGUGACUGAGAUUAAGAGGCGUUUCCCCGAUGGCAUCGCGGUGCUCGACCCGAUCGAAAAUAUGAACAUCAAGGAUGAAGGGUUCAAGAAAAUGCUCAGGAAAGUGGAAGUUCUCGAAUCCCGCUUGCUCUCGAAUCCUCUACACAAUUCGCCACGCUUGCCCGAGCUCUACGAACAGUAUUCUGAGAAGGUCGAACUGGGUAACAAGAUCAAGGCCACGAAGAAGAAGAUCUCCGAAGCGAUGUCGAUCAUGCAGCUUGACGAGUUAAAAUGCCGCAAGCGAGUACUCCGACGAUUCGGGUUCAUCAACGAGGCCGAAGUCGUACAGCUGAAGGCACGAGUUGCUUGUGAAAUCAGUACGGGUGACGAGUUAAUGCUCAGCGAGCUCCUGUUCAACGGUUUCUUCAACAAGCUUACCCCCGAGCAAGCGGCGGCCGUUUUGAGUGUCUUUGUGUUUGAGGAGAAGACAAAGGAGACCCCUGCGCUGACCCGAGACGAGCUUGCGAAACCCCUCAAGGAGAUCCAAGCGCAGGCUCGCAUCAUCGCCAAGGUGUCGCAGGAAUCUAAGUUAGCGGUCAACGAGGAGGAGUACGUCCAGAGUUUCCACUGGGAGCUGAUGGAGGUCAUUUACGAAUGGGCGAAUGGCAAGUCGUUUGCCGAUAUCUGUCGGAUGACGGAUGUCUACGAAGGCAGUCUAAUUCGAGUUUUCCGCCGAUUGGAGGAGUGUCUGCGACAAAUGGCACAGGCCGCCAAGGUGAUGGGAAGCGAGGAAUUGGAGAGUAAUUUCGAAACGGCAUUGACGAAGGUGCGUCGGGACAUCGUUGCUGCCCAGUCCCUGUAUCUGUAA